CGUGCUGCGCGUAUUAUGUCUCUGCCAUUGUCUCUGUGCAAGCAUUGACGGUGCACGUGCUCCUGUUUCCCGCUUUGGAACCAGGACAGUUGGACAGAAAAACAAUGACGUGGGCUCUCUGCCUGGGAGCAGUCCUUCUUGCAUGUAUAAAUGGAGCUGCUUGCUUCGAAGACGAUCCCACUUAUAUGCAAUGCACCGAGUGGCCCGACAGAGGCCCGUGUAACGGAACCCUAUAUCGGUAUUACUACAACUUCAAAAGAGGUCUGUGCCGCCUGUUUAUCUACGGUGGAUGUCAGGGCAAUGACAACAACUUCAGAAGCCGCAACGAUUGCAUGCGCACGUGCGCAACCGUGAUCACCGCUAGAGUCUGCAGACUUAAGCCCGUCUCUGGACCGUGUCACUCCCGAGUAGUCCGCUACUACUUUCAAAAAAAGACCCAAUCGUGUCGUCCCUUUGUGUUCUCUGGUUGCGGCGGGAACCGCAACAACUUCGUUUCCAGCGACGAAUGCCGCAUGCAGUGUUUGGGCAAGGAGGAACGCGAAUCAGGAACGUAAUCGAGUGUGACGAAAGCUAACCGAGAAACGCCGAGCACCACUGCAAUCACGUCGAGAAAAAGACUCCUGGAGGGGCCGCACGGAUAUAAAUGCGAAAACUACACCAAAAUAGCAACACCGAAUAUGCGAAAAUAAAAAAAGAAUUUCUCCACAGUAA